AUAAUAAAUAUGAAUUUUGCAGUUGUAACAAGGAAAAAAAGGCCAAACCAAGUAUAAAAAGGGCAUAUUCUCGUGUUUUUAAAUCACAACAUGAAAAUCCUUCACAAGCGGCACUAAUAAGAACUCGUAAUGAUUUAUUUGGAUACAAAUUGAACUUAGAUAAUGAGUUUUCAUUUAUUUUAUGCUCUACUUGUAACAGUAACUUUCAAAGGCUCAACAAACAUACAGAUCAAAAGAAAAUAUCUAUUGAAUCUACAAUCGGUUUAGAAGAUUUGCAUACCAUAGAAAUAGUGUCUGCCAAUGAUGAGUGCUUGUUAUCUGUAGACAAGGAAGGCUUUAAUCUUGAAGUAAAAUUGCUUGUUAAGUCAGGUUCUAUAACCAAUCCAGCAAAAUGGACUAAAUUGCCAUCUGUUAAUUACGUAAAAUUUUCCGAUGCUCUCCACAAAGAAAUUAUAUCUAUCUUGGAUAAUGAGAACAUUAAAAAGAAGCAUUAUCUAGUCGCGUACAAAAAUUCUGCUGCCAAUGGGGCAGGUACACAAUUAAUGGAUUUGUGCGAUUUUGAGAAAUUUCUUGAUGA